CAGCAGCGGCUCAUGCAGGACAUCCGCGAGCUGGUCGACAAGCCGUAUCCCAACAUCGCCUACCAUGUCCGCGACGACGACCUGACCCAGGGCUGCCUCGUCCUCUCCCCCGAGGGGCAGCCCGAGCGGCACAUCUCCGUCACCCUCAGCCCCAUGCAUCCCCUCGAGCCCCCCCGGAUGCGCAUGAACUCGAGGCUCGUCCACCCAAACAUCUAUGGCGAGUUCAUCUGCGCAACCAUCCUCCGCAGCACCGACGAGUACACCCCGGCCUACACCCUCAAGGCCAUUGCCAUCCAGAUGCUCAGCUUCCUCUGCAGCGAGUACGUCGAGCAGGAGGACUACAGUGGCGUCUUCAUCAAGCUGGCCGAUUAUCAGCGCCUGCAUCAAGACCGCCUGUACCUCUAUGGUGAUGAGGAUGAGUUCGCGUGCUCUCACUGCGGCUUCGAUGCCAAGAGCCCACCUAGGUUAUCCCGUCGCCGUCGUCGCCAGGAGCCGCGUACGGCGGCCCCUGUGGCCAACGACAGAGCAGGCGAUGCCCUACCGUUGUCCAAGGCCUACAUCGACAGCUUACCAGAUGAGCUGCUCCUCGAGGUGUUGCAAAACGUCUCCGACUUUGAGCAUCUGGCCUCCUUGGCCCGGGCAUGGCCACGCGUCAGCCAACUCGUCAGGGACCACGACGUCGUCAGACAACGGGAGCUGCAGUGCUUCUGCCUCAAGCAGACGUACAAGGAGCUUCACCUUGGUGUCGGCGUUUCUGUAACCAAGGGCCGCAUCUCUUCCGAAUUCGAUCUCUUGUCGGGAGUCGCCGUCAGCCAGUUACAGAUCAGGUCAUCGGUCCACAACAUUCCCUUUUCCUCCUGGCUGCCCCUGCCCAUCUCGUGGAAACACUGGAGGCAGGUGCGCGGCGACCCGGUCCCGGCGCUCACGAGCAUCAAGGGCGAGCUGCGGGGUGCUGAGAAUGCCCCCGUGGUCACCGUGCUGUACCACUUCAUGAGCGACAUCGUCGUGCGGCUCAACGAGGUGGCCGACGUCCGCGCCACGACGGAGCGAGGCACGCGGGUGCAGAGCACACUCACUCACGCGUCCGAGAAGGCCAUCGAGUCGUACUUCCACCUCUUCCACAUCCUGGUGUGCAUGGCCUGCGAGGACCCCAGCAUCGUGGAGGCUGCCAACAAGCUCCUCAAUGGCUUCGCCCAGGGCCGGCGCUCCAAGACGGACUGCCCGAACCUCGCGCACCUGCUCGUCGCCCUGCUCAUCAGCGACGUGCAGGUCACCGACGAGCUGUACAAGGCCAUCAUCACCGAGGCCAUCACGCGCAACGUGGUGUGGCUGCUGGAUCGCAAGGGUGCCAACAUGCCAGAGCUCUCUUUCCUCGAGGCCGACGCCGUGUCAGAGUACCGCCUGAAGCACACGUUCCAGGGCUCCCUCGUGUCCUACCGACUGCUCAUGUUCUCCGAGCUGUUCCGACGGACUGCCCGGCCCCCUCACUCCUCCCCAGAUGCUGCCUCUGACUCCACCUCCUCGACCACCACCACACCGGCGCCAUCUCUGAGCCAGACACGCGACGAGCUGUUUGCCCGCCACGGUGCGCCUCCCCCGGGCGCAGCAGCACACUUGGCCUCCGAAGUCCGCCGGCUGCACCUCGUCGACUCGUUCCCCGCGUUCCUCCAAGAAAUGGGCCUGCAGCACAUCCCCAGCGCAGAGAACUUCACCUCCCUCCUGCGCCGCACCGUGGUGGACAGCAUG